ACUUCAGUCUUCCUCAUUUCAAAGGACUGGUCGCUAACUCUUUCCCAUCUCUCUUGUUCAAGUUUUUAAACUCAGUAUGGCAGCGAUUGGCACCCGUGGAACCGUGACUGAAGCCGCCAAUUUCAAACCAGAGGAAGAUGUCAACCGUCUGAGAGGAGCCAUGAAGGGGGUUGGCACUGACGAGGCUGCUGUAAUUGAUGUCCUGGCACGUCGUACCGUGGCCCAGAGACAACGCAUCAAGGAGGUUUACAAGGCGACUGUUGGGAAGGACCUGACUGAAGAUCUCCAGGGGGAGCUGACGGGACACUUCGAGGAGGUAGUGCUGGGACUCCUGAUGACCCCUCCUGUGUACGACGCCUCCGAGCUGAAGAAUGCCAUGAAGGGAGCUGGGACGGAGGAGGCUGCUCUCAUUGAUAUCCUGGCCUCAAGGACAAAUGCUGAAAUUAGAGCCAUUACAGGGGCCUACCUCAAAGAAUAUGGGAAAAGCCUGGAGGAAGAUAUCGAGGGCGAUACUUCCGGAAUGUUCAAGAGGGUUCUGGUCUCUUUGGCCACGGCGGGGCGAGAUGAGAGCGACACUGUAAAUGAAGCCCAGGCUGUGCAGGAUGCUAAGGAUAUCUACGCAGCCGGGGAGGCUCGUUGGGGAACUGAUGAGGUCAAGUUUCUAACAGUGCUCUGUGUGAGGAACAGAAACCACCUACUACGAGUGUUUCAGGAGUAUAAGAAGAUCUCUGGAAGGGAAAUUGAGGACAGUAUUAAGAGGGAGAUGUCUGGCACUUUGGAGGAAGUCUUCCUAGCAAUAGUGAAAUGCCUCAGAAACAAGCCAGGAUUCUUUGCAGAGCGCUUGUACAAAUCCAUGAAAGGUCUUGGAACUACAGACACUGUCCUUAUAAGAAUCAUGGUGGCUCGGGCAGAGAUCGACAUGUUGGACAUCAAAGCAGAGUUCUUGAAGGCAUACGGAAAGACUCUACAUUCCUUUAUCAAGGGUGACACAUCUGGAGAUUACCGCAAAAUCCUGCUGCAGUUGUGUGGAGAGUAGGACGCGGAGCAUUUAGGGUGUCGGUCAGUGGUGACUUCCCUCUGCAAAUCCGUUGGUGCCUCCUCCCAUCGGCAGUCCUGUUGCUCUGCUCUUCUGUGGAAUAUAGGAGACUGACCGUGUUCCGUUUUUUGACUGUUUGUAAUGCUAAUUAAACCAAAGCCAUGUGAUAUUU